GAGGGGAGUGACGCAGUUAUCGAAAAUCUCGAAGCUCUUCACGCUUGCCGCGUAUGACCUGAAAUAAACUCCCGAGUUCCCCCACCUUUCCACCCACCCACACACACGCGGUGGUGGGCAGCCGUCUCUUCUCGUCACGACGCGGCGGAAGACUGCAGACAUUGGGAGGCUGUAUGUGCCAGUCCCCCGCGCUCCCUUCUUGGAUCCGGUUGGAGGUCGCGGUCGAGCCCGCAGGACUCGAUGCGAUAACCAGAGCGAGACAUGCCGCAGCCCAAGUCCCGAAAAAUCGCCAUUCUUGGCUACAGAUCCGUAGGAAAGUCCUCUUUGACUAUUCAGUUUGUUGAGGGCCAGUUUGUGGACUCCUAUGACCCGACAAUAGAGAACACGUUUACUAAAAUGAUCACGAUAAACGGACAAGAGUAUCAUCUUCAGCUGGUGGACACAGCAGGACAGGACGAGUACUCCAUCUUCCCACAGACAUACUCCAUAGACAUCAACGGCUACAUUCUGGUCUAUUCAGUCACAUCCAAUAAAAGCUUUGAAGUGGUGCAAGUUAUCCAUGAAAAACUGCUGGACAUGGUGGGGAAAGUUCAGGUACCCAUCAUGCUCGUCGGAAACAAGAACGACCUGCAUAUGGAGAGAGUAAUCAGCUGCGAGGAGGGAAAAGCGUUAGCUGACUCCUGGAAUGCUGCCUUCAUGGAAUCCUCGGCCAAAGAGAACCAGAGACAGGCGUGAGGUCAAGGGCAGGAGAGAGGCGUCAAAGGUCCGUGUCCAGGCCGGAGGUCGAGAUCCAAAAAGGGGCAGCCAGGGAACCAGAGUGGAAGACGGGGAGACGAGACACACAGCUGGCAAUCAGGGGACGGAGGAAUGCUGCUGGAACGACACGACAUAGGACACAAGGAGCACGACGGGGGAAGAACACAAAGAGAGAGCAUUGAUCUUAUUCAUAAACAUUUACAAACAGCUGAGAAACAAUCAUCAAAAUAAGUAUGGUGCUAGUAUGCUGAGGUUUUUUUCCCAAUAAAAUACUAGAAAAGGAUAGAAAUGUAGUUUGUCUCUUUUAUCCGAUUAUUAAUCGAAGUAAUAAUCGACAGAUUAAUCGAUUAUCAAAUUAAUCGUUAGUUGCAGCCCUAAUAUAAAUAAAUAUAUAUAUCUAAUAUAAAUAUAUAUUUUUUUUAAAUUUUUUUUUUUGGGGGGGGGGUGUUUGUUUUCAUCCAGGAUGUCUCUGUGCAUUGCUGCAUUCAUCUUUCCCUCUAUCCUGACUCGUCUCCCAGUUCCUGACGCACUGUAUACAUAUGUCAUUUAUAUUUUUUGUAUUUGAAAAAUAUCCAAACAUUAAAGGGUUUAUUAUUAUGUCAUUAUUUAAUUCUCAGUAAUCAAUCACUUAAUUCCUGUAACAUGUUUUUUUUCCUAUACAUUUUGCCCUAAUUGUCCUUUUUUAUUAAGGAAUGUAAUCAUGGUAACAACAGACUCAUUAGGCAAUCAAGUUUGAAAAUGACAAACAAGGAAUGUUGAAUGUAAGCGUGCUUCAUAAUGUGUGUGUGUGUGUGUGUGUG